AUGGCUUCAGAAACCGGCCUUCUUCCUGUGAUCAUAAACCUCGCCGGUCAGACCCGAAUCAACGAGGUCGUCUGGGCAGACGAGAAUGUUGAAUCUUUUGAACAACUCGCGGCUUCCUUCUAUACGAGCUUGCGACAUAAUAUUCCUGAGUUCUACUUGGAAUCGGGGGAAAGGACCAUCACUAAGAUGUGGGUUGAAUGGAACCAAGGCGGCGGUAAUUUCCUCCCCAUGGAGACGGAAAUCCACGAGGGAAACCUCCGCGCUGUCCUGCGAAUCCUGGCUAUGCGUCGGGGUGUCGACAUGAUUCGGGUGUGGCUUAACGAAAUCGAUUAA